AUGAGCUCCAAACCUUACCGUGUUGCUCAAUGGACUCCUUCUGACUACAAAUUUCUUGACAAGUGGUUAGCCAACUUGAUCAUAGAAGUUCAAAUUAAAUACAAAGAUAAGUUAGCGUUAUUGAUGGCUCUUCAUCCACCGGCUGAAGAUGAAGAAACAGCUAAUGGUGAAACUCCGCUGAUAGUUGCUCACGGUACAGAAGACCUCGGUCUCCAUCCACCCGUUCAAGAAUUAUUGAAAGCUAUCAUCUCCGAUCCCAAGAUCAACAUGUUCUUCCAUCAGAUGUUCUGGCAACAGUACAAGAAUCCAGACAGUUCGAAAAGAACAAGGAUCCCUUGCUGGCAACUGAUGAUUAUUUUAAUCGACUACAUCAUGACAAGAGCUCCAGAGUACAACAAAACCAGUUUGGUUGGUCUCCCCAUCAAUGUAAUCCUGAACUGGCCGAUGGCUACGACUGCUGGAUUUUCUGCUUUCCUCAACGACAAAGUCAACAGGUUGUUCAAAAGUAUUCUCAACUACUGGGGAAAGUUUCUUUCCAGUUCUGCUUCUUGUCACGUGUUGACUGAUGAUCCUCGUCAUGGUUGGUUUGGUGAAGACGCAAUGCAAGCAAUGCCAAACUUCGACCUAGAGUUCAAAUGCAAGCCCAGAGAAAAACAUUAUGGUUUUACAUCAUGGGAUGAUUUCUUCACCAGAGAGUUUCGUGAUAGCAUUCGUCCAGUAGCAUCUCCGGACGACGAUUCCAUUGUUGCGAAUGCCUGUGAGUCAGCGCCAUACCAGAUCUCUACAGCCGUGAAAAAGAGGGACUUCUUCUGGGCAAAGCACCAACGGUACUCAUUGGACUUCAUCCUGAACAUGAGUGACCUUGCCAAGCAAUUUCAUGGUGGAACCGUCUACCAAGCGUACCUAAGUGCCACCAGUUAUCACCGAUGGCACAGUCCUGUGUCGGGCACCAUUUACAAGACAGAACUCGUGGAUGGUUCUUAUUAUUCUGCAACCCACGACAUUCAGGAUAGCCCCGCAUCGCCCAACAUAUGCAUGUCACAAGGAUACCUAGCCCAAGUUGCUGCCAGAGGUAUUAUCUACAUUCAAGCUGAUAAUCCUCACAUUGGCUUGAUGUGCUUCGUAUCGCUCGGUAUGUCAGAGGUGUCCUCCAACGAAAUCACGAUUAAAGAAAAGGAUAAAGUGAAGAAAGGUGACCAGCUCGGCAUGUUUCACUAUGGUGGGUCCACCCAUCUACUGAUAUUUCGCCCUGGAGUUAAAAUCGAGUUCGAUACGAGAGGUCAAACGCCAGGUCUGCAUACCGAAAAUAUUCCCGUUAAAUCGAAAAUUGCGACCGUACAUCCAUCAACCUAAGCUAAUAUAACUAUGGAUUUUGAUAAACAGCUUGAUUUUGUCAGUGUUCGGUAUGAACAUGAUAAUUUUCUUUCUUUCCUCUUAGAUGUCUUUUGACAAUAGGAAAUUUGGUUUUUUUCAUUUUCACCUCGUCAAUUGUUAUGAACUACUAAAUUUAGAAGUGUUCGGCAACUACUAAAAUUAGGAAUGUUCUGGCUUAGUGUUUGUGAAUUGUUUAGGCCUGUUAGAUUAUUUCGCAAUCCUUAUGCGAGUCUUGUGAGCCUUGGUUUGUUAUGUGCUGCAAGACCACACCUUUAUUACUACCUUUUUAGUAGUUGGUCCUCGACCGUUGUAAUAGGCCUGUUUUACGAUAAUUGUCAUCUCUGGCCGUGUUCGCGCUUGUCCUUGCUUAGACCCCCCGACGGGAGAUUUUGUUUAACGUUUUAGCCAUCAAAGUUCGGAAGUUUUUCAGGCAUAUCUAUUUGUACCAGGGGCAUGUCUAAUAAUUGAUGGUGUAUUUUGAAACCGAAGCAUUUAAUCACUUAUUCUAUCAUUUGCGAUGGGAUUUUUAAUAAUAGUUACUAACCAAAAGUUUCUUAACUCACAUUUGGAGUGAAAUAUAUUCCUAUGGUUUACCGAGGGGGCAUUAAUAGAAAACUUAAUCCUCAAUGUGCACGUUACUACUUAGUUGAUUUCUGAUAUGUAGAAAUAAAGCACUGCCUUUUCAUCUAAGCAGAGCUUAGAUGUUUUCGUUUCAACGUUUCUUGUAAAAAUAUCACAUUCCACAUAACACAACACCUCACCUAGAGAAAAACUUCUAGCCCCGACCGAAACUGUUUGAUCCAUUUUUAAUAACACAAUUGUCAAUUGUAUGCUAAUUCAACCGUUUGAAUACUAGGCCAAAAGAAAUUAGGAUUUUAAAGGCAUUCAUUCUCUAUGCAUUAAUCUUCGAUGUGCACAUUACUACUUAGUUGAUUUCUGAUAUGUAGAAAUAAAGCACUGCAAGACUGUUAAGGGCUUAGAUGUUUUUCUUUCAACUUCUCUCAUUAAAAAUAUCAUAUUCCACACAACACAACACCUCACCUAGAGAAAAGCUUCUAGCCUCGACCGAAACUGUUUAGUCCAUGUUUAAUAACACAAUUGUCAAUUGUGUUCUAAUCCAACAGUUUGAAUUCUAGGCCAAAAGUAAUUAGGUUUUUUAAAGGCAUUCAUUCGCGAUGCAUUAAUCUUCGAUGUGCACAUUACUACUCAGUUGAUUUCUGAUACGUAGCAAUAAAGCACUGCAAGACUUUUAAGGGCUUGGAUGUUUUUCUUUCAACUUCUCUUGUUAAAAAUAUCACAUUCCACACAACACAACACCUCACCUAGAGAACAAAAGUACUGCAAGAGUGUAUUCAAAGAAGCUUCCAUUACAAUCAGCUAUACUCCUAAAAGAGGUACCAGUUUUCAAAUUCCUGAACUCCUUCUUAUCCAGCGGGUAUUUUCGUUGCUUAGCCCAUUCCUUGUCUUUCCUGCGCAUUCGACAAGAUGAAAAAACUAAGCUGAACGAACCCGAACGUGAUUGACAAUGGUGCACCGAUAUUUGCUCCGACAUUUCGAAGGAAACUAUAGGCUUACAUGAGGAUGAGGUUUUUCUACGCCUGUACGGCGAAUGAAGUAGUCGCUUAGUCACCACCAAAACAAAUUGGUCAGCCUGCCAUGAGGUCACUCAUGGGAGGUAAAGGGUUAAACAGAAUUCAGAAAAUUCAGCCUUACAAGAUUACAUUGACCUAAAUCAAUGAAAGUCACAGGAGAUUAGUUUCCUGCAAUAUCCACAAGCUGAAGAUAACGCGUGACUUGAAUGUGUUUUAAAAUGUUCUGGGAACUUAAAGAAACAUACUGUCACUAUCCAGGGGGGAAGGGGAGGUUGAAGGUGGCCAUAAGUCAAAUUAUCACGUGCUUUGCGAGCGUGUAACUUUUCCCGCCCCUUCUUUCUUAUAUGAGUUUAAAAGCGUAGUCGUCUCUCAGUUUUAAGGCUUUAUAACCGACAUAUCCCUUUCGAUUGAUUUUCCUGACAUUAACUUUAUGGACCUUUCAACAAAAGUUAUUUGAAUGUUAGAUUUAAAUGGUUUGGAAACAGUGAAACAAAGUAGUUGACAAGAUGGUCGCAUUCUAUACUUGUGGACAUUGGAGGCAGUUAACUUGUUUAUUAAUCGAUUUGUUGUAGAAAAGCGAGUCUAUCCUAAGUUAAUGCAUAAAGGGGGUAAGUAUCUAAAGAAACUGUGGUGCUGCUUCGGUGGGAGAGUAUAACAGGGUGAUUUAGUGUCAUCAAUUCAGUUGAUAACGUCAAUUAGCCACCUUAAAGAGUUCAAAAGCGUUUAAACUCUUUACAGUGGCCAAUUUGUGCUAUCAAGUCAGCUGAUAAUACUAAAUUACUAAGUUAAUGUAGGCGAAAUGUUGGAAACUAAUUGUUACUGUUUCGCAAUUUUGCCAACUUGUGGGAAAAAUGAUUUGUCUUUAUCAACGAUGGUUUGAGUUUAAGACGUUAACACUUAAUCUGCGUAAUAGGUGAGAAGGGGUACUGGUAAUAAAUAAGUUAUAGAGGUAUAUGGUGCCCCCAGAUUUGUGGUUUUUAAGCCGUUCUGGUACAAAGACAGGUUGGUGUACAUUUUUACCAUUUUGGUUUGAAAUUAGGUAUGGUUUUCAAGAAAACCACACAAGCGUAUAAACGUAACUGAUUUUUCAAAAUGAAUCAAAGUGAAACACAAGUAUGAAAAAUAUAUUUUUCUACUGUUUUUUUGGGGGGAUUUUCGUAACUUCUUAACUUCGGCAUUGAUACAAGCCUUUUCAAAUUCUUCUACAACAUAGCGUAAAGGAUUCUCAAACCAAGUAAAAUUUGUCUGGUGGGGAUAUUAGAGGCCAGGUACAAAACUAAUUAUAGAAAUAGCACUUUUUUAUCUGAAAUAGGGUCUGGUUGGACAAUCCCUGCCAAACAUCCCGAGGCGGAUCUCCCUCCCUAUCCAGGGGAUAGCACACAUGGCUGUUUCAAAACGCCCCCAAUGGAAAUUUAGUUCACGCAUGUCAGAUUGACAUUUUCAAUUUGAAACCGCUGAAAAUGUACGCUAAUGGCUCAACAAAAAAGAGCCCGCUGAUAACUAGGCCGUAAAAAGUAUACGCGGAAAGCCCGAGGAAAUAGCUAACUUACGCGCAAACAUUGUGUUUUGCCUCCUUGGUUAAUGUUCUCCAAGGAAAGAUUGCAUGUGCGGGAUAGUUAACUAUGCGACGGCUUACCGUCUUUCGGAGGUCUUCUUAUUUUCAGGAAAGAUUCUGAUUGAUUCGAAUUUUUCUUUCAAAAGGGAACGACUCAGGCUUUAUGUCUCUCCUUUGCCAUUAGUUUCUGUACCAUGACGUUUUAAUCCGAAUUGUUUUGCGGGGUGUAAUCUGCGAUUACACUUCACUACCGAAAUAGUAAAUAUGGCGUCCAUCUCCUCUUUGACCUCGAACUAAUACCCCUCAGCAACGUGAAUUUAUCCUCUUGAUACAGUCAUGCUUACCCAUGGGCUAAAUAAAGAAUACACGAUGUCUGAAAAACUGCUAAAAUGUCCACUGCCUUAUGUUACGUGCAAGAAAGUCGCACUACGUGCGUGUGAUUUCCUUCCCGAAAAGUGUACGUCAUCGAUCUGUCACGGGGAGCUACGUGAACUAGUGAAAGCACGGACAAGACGUUUCUUUCGGUCAACAUUUCAAUCAUGAUCAGGCAUAAUAAACCUUACAAUUAUAUGUUACCAUUUGCGCUUUGUUCUGAUAGUUAAAUAGUUUUUCUUAUUUUUUGGCGAAUAUUCCCUUCAAUGGAACGAACUACACACAAUAACACAAGAAUGCAAAUAUUCCCGCACCCCUAAAGAACCGAUCGAGAGAGAUAAAUAGACACCCCUUCCUGAAACAAGGUACAGGCCCUAAGGGAGUACCCUUCUGAAGCAAUAAAAGGCCAGAAAAAGGAACUUCGGAACAUAUCUCGAGUCAACUUCGAACUCCGUUGCUUAAUCCAAGUUUGGUUUAGAACUCGGUUCGAUUAGUAAAUUCAGAUGGCUAAUUAUAUAGCUUUGGUCUCUCUGAACAUCAACAAAUAUUGGAAAAAAGGUGCCGAAUUUGUGGGGAGCGAUUGAACACGGCAAAAGAUAAGUAUGAGAACAGUUUUCUUUGCGCAAAUAGGACGGAGAUUAUUUUCACAGCCUUUAGUGUCAAAGUUCGUAAAGAUGACCUUGACAUGUGCCCUCCCAAGUUCUGCCACAAGUGUUACAAGCUUGCUUUAAGAGGAGGCACACGCCUUGCAAUCAAUGUGUGGCCUCCACACAAACGCACUGAAAACUGUAAGAUCUGCAGUUUCUUUAAAGAUCAACAGAAACCUGAUAGGAAGAAGAAGACUAAACCUAAACCCAGAGAGGACUCAGCUGGACCCAAGGAACAAGUGGAAAUGGUGGAAGGAAUGUCUGGCACUUUAAGCUUCCAACCUGACCCAGCCUCACUCUCAUUCUCUGAGGAGGUAAAGAAUCUACAAAGCUUUAGAGGAUCAGAACCUCUUUACCCAGAAGAGUUUGUUGAAAACAUUAAGCGUGAGUAUAUGUGCCCAAUUUGCAAAGAGGUACUUGAUCAACCAGUCCAGACUAAAUGCCGAACUCCACACAUAUUUUGUGCUAGUUGUUUGCCAUUUUCUUUUCAAAUGUGUGGAUCCCUUUGCCCGGUAUGCUGAACUGUCAUUGUAACUCCUAAUGAGUUCAUUGAGCCAGCCCUUUUGUUCUUCGCACCAUACUUUCAGAGUUAGCUUUUCGAUGUCCUACCUGUAAACACACAGUAAAACUUCACCAACUACCUCGGCAUCAAGAAUAUUGCAUUCAAAGCCCUACAACAGCACCCACACACAUCUUCACCCCUUCACAAAGAUCAGUUCCAGUGACACAAUCCCCCCUUAUCUUAGUGAAACCCAUACCUCCAGCAGAGGAAGAGGGACCAGCACAGGUAAAUGUACCAUCACUACAAGUAGAACCUACAACCACCACUGAUACAAAUACAACCUGCAGAGAACAACUGACAGUUCAUCAACUACUAACCAGCCCAAAGGAAGCUUAUGUAUCUCUAAAGGAGGAAGUUGGAUUGUUCAUCAUGAGACAGUUUCUUUCACAGUCUCAGGAUGGGGCGACUAUUCUCCUCAAAACAGGUGGCCAGGUAAUAAAACAUUUUUUGAGUUGAAAAUAAAGACAUUCAUUUUCAAAACAAACGAUAAGAUAAUCCAUAUUCAGCCCUUAGAAUUAGUGAAAAGGACCAAGGCAAGGAAAACAACUGACGAGGUAACAAAGAAAACUGCUAGAUAUAGAUCAAAGGUAGUAGCAGAGACCAGGACAGCUAUGAGUGGUGGUGCAGCUGGUACCUAGUUGAAAGUUGAACUGUAUACAAUGGGCAGACUGGAGAGGAAGGCACUACUGAAGGAGGCCUUGGGAAAGGAAUUUAAAAUCGCCAUUCCAAGAGGUGACAUCCUGGCAAUGAAAGCAGACCUUAGCGAAACAUGGUACAAGGUUAGAAAGCUCAGGAGGUAAGAAAAACAUGAACUAAAGAUCAUUAAAAACCCCAAAGAUUUUCCAAAGACAUUAGAUAUCAGUAACAGUAACUGUUUUGAGUUUGUAUCCAAAUUUACCAACUGCCUGAAUACCCUCAAUCUAUUUAGAAAGUUAUGAUAACUAUCAUGUCUAGUAAUAGACAGUAAUUCACAUAUACAAAUAUUUAUGAUUUAGCAAUUCAAUAAAAGAAUAUAAAUGUAGCCUCUACUUUAUAUUGCUAUUUCUGUGAAACAGGUUUCCACCAUGAUAAUUGUAUUUGCAGACAAAUAUCCAUGUCUUUGGUGCAAGAUAAAUCAUGAAGUAAUGCAAGUCUCUUGCCAUAAACAUGGGCAUGCUGAAAAAUGAAGCCUUGAAAACAUUCAAGAGGAUUAUGAUUAGUUUGUAGCAGAUGAACAAAUGGAAUUGGCUGCUUUUCAGAAAGCCAAUGGACCACUAUCAGUUCAUUUGGAUGAGGUUCUCAAGAAAAUGAACGUUGAGAGACAAGCUUACCAUGGAAAAUCAUUCAUUGGUAACCAUGUGCACACUUGUUGCAAGGUAACACAAAUUCUACCCUUAGAGUAGGAAUUUGUUGAGUCACAAAAUUCUAAUGAAUUGUUGCGUUUUUUGAGCGGGGGUAGGAAGACAUCAUUAAACUAUGCAGCGCUGUGGUGACAAAAACAGUGGAGCUGUGUCCUUCCUUCCUUUCUCAAGCAAGAGAAAUUAGCGUGAAAUUCGAAUAAGUUUUCAAGUUAUUUGCAGCUUGCCACUUUGUCUAUGACAGUGCAGACUAUCUCAAUGAUAGCAACAUUGACAAGAUAGGUAAGCGAAAGAAAAAACCAGACUUUCAUGGAAAACAUGAAUACGGUAAUAAGAUCAUGCCUUAAGUCCACCUUUUCUUGUUUUCUUGUUGCAGAAGAAGACAUCACGAAUUUCCUUCAAUUCCUUAAGGAAAAAUUAUCAGACAUGGCGAUCACACCAAAGCUGCAUAUGCUAGAACAUGUUCGCCCUUUUCUUCGACAAUGGCACAUGGGCCUCGGAUUCUAUGGUGAACAAGGGAUUGAAGGAAUACACUCUGAAUUCAAUACCCAGUCCCAGCAUUUUGACCAUGUGAAGAAAAAGGACACGAGAUUGCGUCAAAUCCUUGUUAACAACCACAUUGCCACGAGUCCGGAACUAGCAGGGAAAGCUCCCAAACCUAAAGAAAGAAAUUGAAAACCAGAAGGGAACGGGUAAAACUCUUUCCUUUUGACAAGCAAUGUAUUGAUUCGUAGACUAAGAACGAGUACCAUGUGUGUAAAUUUAGUGUUAUUUAUUUGCUCAAGUUCUAAUUUAGACGAAUAAAAGUAUAACCGCACUCUUUGAAAUCAAAACUAAAUCUUUCCAGUCGUUUGCAGGCUGUUUCGCUUGAAAUUCAGUACAUUCGAACGCCCGAUCUUGACAUAUUAAAAGCGCCUCGAAUGGAGUCUCAAACAAUUCGGAUUAGAACACUUACCUCUAUCAGUUGUUCAGUAAGGUUUCAAGUCUUCUCUUGUGACUCUUGCUUGGCUGGAAAAAAUUCGAGCCUUUUCCAAAUUGAAAUCAAAGUUUUUAGUUGAUUUCAUAGGGUGUGCUUCUUAGACUCCACUAUAGCAACGUGUUUUCGUCGAACACAGGCAAAAUUUGACCGAUUUUACUCAAAUUUUCGACGGCAAGUGCCUCUUCCAUGAGCAUGCAUCCGCCACUAGUCUACCGUAAGUACUAAAACAUGGAACGACCUAAAUCCACCUAAAACCACCUAAAACUACCUAAAACUACCUAAAACUACCUAAAACCACCUAAAACCACCUAAAACCACCUAAAACCACCUAAAACCACCUAAAACCACCUAAAACCACCUAAAACCACCUAAAAUCACUUAAACCCACCUAAAACCACCUACAACCAUCUACAACCACCUCAAAAAUUUCAACAAUCACCUAUAACCACCUCAAAAAUAUCUACAGCCACUCGCAAACUAUCUAAAACCAUCUAAGACCAUCUAAAACAAGGCAUAAAUGUCUAAAAUAAGGCGAAACGACAACAUGUCACCUACACGAAAUACGAGAAUCGAACGAAACCUCCACCUCCCCCUGAAAUCUUACUCUCCCUGGUCCCAUGCGUAUAAUGUGUAUAAUCAACCAUCUCACGAAAUGAAAUGCAAUAGUAUGCUAAUUGUUUUAUAUUCCCUCGGUAGCAAAAGACUUAAAAAACUUUACAAAAUGGACUAUCAAGUUACAAAAAAUAAUAAAGUGAAAUAACAAACUCGUUGUCAAGACUGACUUGACCUGGCUUUUUCAACCCUGGGUACCAGCAGACGUUUUGGCUCACGUCUAGAAAGAGUAUGAGUAAGAAUUAUCAAUGUACGUACCUUCGGGAUCUUCCUCUGGCACGAACGCCAUUGUGCUGGCAUUCAUACAGCAUGCAGUUGUACGAGUGGUGCCACUUACGCAAUAAUGACUCACGUUUUGCUCCAAUUACCUUUCCAGUGCUGAGAUUAUAAAUAGAGAAAAACACUACCUUGGACCAUUACGUAAUCAAAUGAAACGUGAGCCAAAACGUCUGCUUGUAAAAUUCUUUAGGUCUUUUACUACUGAGGUAGUAAAAAAUAUAAUUGGCAUGCUCUCGCAUUUCAUUUCGUGAGAUGGUUUGUUAUACACAUGGGACCAGGGAGAGUAAGAUUUCAGGGGGAGGUGGAGGUUUCGUUCGAUUCUCGUAUUUCGUGUACGUGACGUGUUAUCGUUUCGCCUUAUUUUAGACAUUUACGCCUUGUAUUAGAUGGUUUUAGAUAGUUUGCGAGUGGCUGUAGAUGUUUUUGAGGUGCUUGUUGAAAUUUUUGUAGAUGGUGUAGGUGGUUGUAGGUGGUUUUAGGGGGUUUUAGGUGGUUUUAGUACUUACCACUCGUCUACGCAAACCUGACACCUAUCGUCUUCCGUGAUUUCAUCCAAAUUUAUGCAAAAUAAUGCUAUUUCAUAUUAUUUUUUUUGCGAAGUGGACGUGCUAGCGUGAAGGUUGUCGAGAAAAACAACAACACUGAAGUGAAUUCAUUUUCCAUUUUUCGGGUAAGUUUGCCUUUUUAAUUCAGCGUCCGAUUUCAAAUAAAUGUUUUCCUUUAAGGAUAUGGGAAAAGAUUAUGAACGAUUUUUGGUAUAGAUUAAGAUGAGGACGAUGUUCGAUUGGCAUCGCGUCUACGAAAUCCACGCGGUUUCUGCCUGCAUUUGUAAAGAGUGCCACGGUCAACGAAAAAAGUUGGAUCAUUUGUCGCAGUCUCAAGGCUCUUAUUUCUUUAAGAGAUAGUUACGCUGCAAGCGUGAGGAAAGAGCGACUCUUUUCUCAGUCGACAGAAUCGCUACAAGAAACAACUACCUUUAAUUUAAGUGACUAAACGUCCGGCAGCCGGACACGGUCUUGAUAAAUUCGCAGCACCGUUCGCAAAAAGACCGAAGGUUGAAGGCGGACAAUCUUCUUGGCCAAAGUAUAUUAAGACAGUGCACCUGGUCUUCAGCGAGAGCUUUAACGGGCGGCACAAUAGAUAUAGUGACCGGUUUCCUCUAAAGAAGAGAGGCAAUCGAUCACUGGCGCUCCUUGAUAUAUUAAAGGUUUUCCAUAGCCAGUUGAUAACGAAAUGGUAAUGGAGACAUCCUUACCUUACAAAGUAAUAUCUAUGGUUUUCUGCUGUUCUUCUUGAAAUGUCUAUUCCAAAAGUCACGCAAACUUGCCUUAAAACCUUGUCGUACAUCGCUGUUGUCUGAAAAGUUGACCAUGAAAGAGUUUUGUUCACCGUCUGGUUCGUUGGUUUAAAAAUAAAUUACCAACUCAAGCCAAUCAGAAUUGACAAAAGAAUCGGCAAGAGAGGUUAACCAACAAAAAGUCAUUAUACAUUUUCUUACAAAAGAGUAACGUCACGGAACACGAUUAGUGUCAGGUUUGGGUAAACGUUACCUCGCCUCCGUUUCACCUUUUGGGGGACGGAAGGGGAGGGUACGGCUACACGUAGGCUAAGUCAGUGGUCACCAAAACGCUUUUCCACAUAGGCAAUCGAAUUAAGAAAAAGCACUGCGUGUCAAUGUUUACGCAACAUUGACGUGCUGUUUGAACUGUUAGGUUUGCAGAAACAAAAAGGCUUUGAUAUACUAGCGCACGCGCAUGUAAUAUCUUAUACUUGUCUAAACUGGCAUUGAUUGACGAUGCUCGGAAUAAAAACAACCUUAUCACGUGAAGGCGUUGUUUUGAUUGUAGCAGGAAUGUUUGAAAAGGAUAUUUCGAUAUUUCUCCGCUCUGAUUCUCAAUCAAAGCUAAUGUGUUAAAACAGGAGUCAGUUAAACAAGCGUCAUAAACGUUACGGUUUAAAGAAUUAGAAUGAGUCUACUAAUUAUAAGAUGUGAUAGAACUCUCAUUUAAAUUGCGUUUGGCUACGAAUUAAUUGUAUCUUACUACCUCAACAUAUUUUGAAUGUGAUCUUUAAAUAAGGUUGACAUUUAUGUUGUGACCCACGGACUACGUACUGGAGGACUAUUGAAAGCCAAAUAAUAAUAUAAUUUGUCUUAGGCCAAAUCCCACAAUGAUCCAAACAAAGAUACGCAUCUCUGAUAUUCAAACAGACAACAAAGAGUGUCUAUUUCGGUGACCUCUCAUAAAGAGAGUGAAACGCGGUUAUUCCCUCAUUCUUGUACACUCCGGUAAAAUAAUCUGCAUGUAGACGUCUCCAAAAUGUUUUACUUUGUUUAGUUCACGCGGAACAUAAGUGAACAUUGAUGUUCACAGUUUGAAAGAGGCCUGUCACCUGUCACAAUUAAUUCCUGUCACCUAGACAAAGCGCUUUUAUCCUUUAUCAAGCAGGAAAAUUUUCCGGACAAAGGCUUCUCAAGCACAGUUGCACGUACGCGCAUUCCAGCGUCAGUUGCCCUCGCGCGGUGAAAUCGAUAUUGCAGUUAAAAGCAGAAACAUUCAACAGGAGUAUAUCAUUUACGAGCAAGACGAGCCGCGAACUACAUGCAACAUAAUCAUGAGCUCCAAACCUUGCUGUGUCGCUCAAUGGACUCCUUCUGACUACAAAUUUCUUGACAAGUGGUUAGCCAACUUGAUCAUAGAAGUUCAAAUUAAAUACAAAGAUAAGUUAGCGCUAUUGAUGGCUCUUCAUCCUCCAGCUGAAGAUGAAGAAACAGCUAGUGGUGAAACUCCGCCGGUAGUUGCUCACAGUACAAUGGAAGACCUCGGUCUCCAUCCACCCCUUCAAGAAUUAUUGAAAGCUAUCAUCUCCAACCCCGAGAUCAACAUGUUUUUCCAUCAGAUGUUCUCGCAACAGUUUAAGAAUCCAGAUAGUUCGAAAGGGACAAGGAUCCCUUGCUGGCAAGUGAUGAUUGUUUUAAUCGACCACAUCAUGACUACAGCUCCAGAGUACAACAAAACCAGUUUGGUUAGUUUCCCCAUCUACGCAAUCCUGAACUGGCCGAUGGCUACGACUGCUGGAUUUGCUGCUUUCCUCAACGACAAAAUCAACAGGUUGUUCAAAAGUAUUCUCAACAAUUGGGGAAAGUUUCUUUCCAGUUCUGCUUCUUGUUACGUAUUGAAUGAUGAUCCUCGUCAUGGUUGGUUUGGUGAAGACGCAAUGCAAGCAAUGCCAAACUUCGACCUAGAGUUCAAAUGCAAGCCCAGAGAAAAACAUCAUGGUUUUACAUCAUGGGAUGAUUUCUUCACCAGAGAGUUUCGUAAUGGUAUUCAUCCAGUAGAAUCUCCAGGCGACGAUUCCGUUGUUGCGAAUGCCUGUGAGUCGGUGCCAUAUCAGAUCUCUACAGCCGUGAAAAACAGGGACUUCUUCUGGAUAAAGCACCAACGGUACUCAUUGGACUUCAUCCUAAACAUGAGUGACCUUGCCAAGCAAUUUUAUGGUGGAACCGUCUACCAAGGGUACCUAAGUGCCACCAGUUACCACCGAUGGCACAGUCCUGUGUCGGGCACUAUUUACAAAACAGAACUCGUGGAUGGUUGUUAUUUUUCUGCAACCCAGGACAUUCAGGAUAACCCCGCACCGCCCAACAUAUGA